GCUGCUGCCACAGCUGCUCUGCUAAUAAAUAAGGGCAAAGCAUUUCCCCUUUGUGUGUCUUCAACAUGGAUGCUUUUCAAGGGAUUAUAAAAUUCUUCGUUAACCAGAAAACUAUUAUUGGCUACAGCUUCAUGGCUCUGCUGACCGUGGGAAGUGAGCGUCUCUUUUCACUUGUGGCUUUUAAGUGUCCCUGCAGCACUGAGAAUACGGUCUAUGGGCUGGUUUUCCUUUUGGCUCCUGCCUGGGUGUUACUGAUCUUAGGAUUCUUUGUGAACAACAGGUCGUGGAAACUCUUCACAGGCUGCUGUGUGAAUCCCAGGAAAAUGUUCCCCAGAGGCCACAACUGCCACUUCUUCUACGUCCUUGGCCAGAUCAUUCUGAGUUCAUUGGUGGCUCCAAUGAUGUGGCUUUCUGUGGCUUUGCUCAAUGGGACUUUUUAUGAAUGUGCCAUGAGUGGGACAAAAAGUGAAAGACUCCUGGAACUGAUUUGCAAGGGGAAGCCCAAAGAAUGCUGGGAAGAACUUAACAAAGUAUCUUGUGGUAAAACCAGCAUGACAACCUCGGACAACGAAGAACUGAAACUGUCCCUGCAAGCCCAGUCUCAGAUUCUAGGGUGGUUCCUGAUUUGUUCAGCAUCUUUCUUUUCUCUGCUCACCACUUGUUAUGCUCGCUGUCGAUCUAAAGUUAGCUACCUUCAGCUAAACUUUUGGAAGACGUAUGCGCAAAAGGAGAAGGAGCAGUUGGAAGAUACCAUUCUGGACUAUGCCAACAAGCUGAGUGAGAGAAACCUGAAGUGCUUUUUUGAAAACAAGAGACCAGAUGUCUUUCCCAUGCCCACUUUUGCAGCCUGGGAGGCUGCUUCACAACUGCAUUCUUUCCACCAAGGCCCGCAGUACUACAGCACUCUCCAUAAGGUGGUAGAAGAUGGGCUGGACCAUCACCCCGAGAAUGAUGAGACCACAAUGGUUCUUGUGGGUAGUGCCCACAGUGUAUAGCUUGCCCACCAGCGUGACUCACUGCAUCAAGGGAUACUCUCAUUCUGACAUCUGCCUCCUGCAUUGACAGCAACCUGUGAUCUCUGGACUUCUUUACAUUUGGUUUUCUUUAUAAGACAAUAAAGAUCUAAGCUUUGCAACUCCCGUGCACAGACAGUGCCAGGAUAUACUCAAAGAUGCCACCUAAUGGGUCAAGGAUGGUAACAAAGGUGUUCUUCACUGAUUAAGGCUGGGAGUUAGCCCCUUAAAUUCUAUGAUUUUAUGAUUCCACAAUGAGACUCAUGCAAGAGAAACUGCCGCUCUAAAUAAUGAUUAUGCUUCAGGGCAGAAGUGGGCUUGUGAGUGAGCAAGGCAUUCUGAACACAGACUGCCCCACACAGUGGAAUUUUCAUUGUAGUCAGUAAAUCUAUCCUCUCUCCUUUCCAGGAUGUAUGAAAUUUACUCCUUUGGAAUCUGAAGACAUUAGUUCUCAAAAAUAACACAUUGGCAGCAUAUGGUGUCUACACCUCAGAGCUCUUUAUGUCUCCUCUGUCCUCUGUGCAUUGAAAGUACACCCCGCUGGGCAGUGCUGAAUCGUGGCUUGUGUGGCCUUAGGCACAUUUGUCUUUGUGGACCCCAUUCCACUCUAAACAAACUCUGAGAUUUAUGGUAGUGUCAAUAUAAAGACAGAUAACAUAUAUUAAAAAAUUUUUUCAACCUAAAAGUUCACUUAUUUCCUUCUGAU